UAUUAUUGGUAGAAAUGAUAUUGGAAAAUUAUUUUUAAUGACUGAUUUGACUAAAUAUAUUAUUCCACCUGAAAAUGGAUUUUUACCCAGAAUGGUUGUGUUAUUAAGAGAUUUCAUGUUAGAAAAUCCUGAUAAUUUUAAGGAUUAUUUUAUAGAUAAAUUAAAAGAUGUCGAUGAAGGAGCCGCGGAGGGAAUUCAAAAAUAUUUCUCGGAUUUUGAUGUGUUUGGUCUACCGAUGCCGACGUCAAAACGCGCACAACUACAAAAUAUGGAUAAAGUAUCAACGGAAGAUUUAGAACCAGAAUUUGUCACUGAA